AUGGAAGAUGCAUGGUCGACGGUGUUCACGUAUCUUCCACCACGAGAUGUCAGAAAAUGCGAACGUGUCUGCAAAAUGUGGAGACGAUUAGCGCAUCGAGCUUUUCGUCAACUUGAAGCGAUCAAUUUCGAGCGCGAUUUCCCUGGUGCGAUCGAGGAAUCGAGUCGAGUAGAGCGUAUAUUAGAGAUGUGUGGAAGACGACUUAAACGGGUAGUAUUCCAAGUGUCUUCAACUAAUGAAAAAUACGCAGUAUUUGCUAGCGAACAUCAUUUAACCAAGUCGAUCAUCGAAACUCUCGCAGCAAAAGCUACGGAUUUGGAGAGCAUUAUAAUCGACAGGGUGAUCAUUACUAUUGGAGCUAUUGAGGCGUUCUCACAACUACCUCCAACCCUGGAGGAGUUCAGCAUAUCGAAUUGCCGUAUGGCUUGCUCAACUGCUGAACUGAACGAGAUAAUUCAGACCAGCCUACGUCAGUUACUGAGCCGUAGCCCAAGAUUAAAACGAUUCGAAAUUUCGCUUCAGGGUCGAGGUUGGACAUUUGAUCAUUUUGUAUUGGAUGAGAAUGUGUUAGCACUUUUACCUGAAUCAAUACGUGAUCUAUCAAUAUCGGCGGGUGGUUCCCUUAAAAUCACUAACCUUCAUUUCCUUCGAGGGAGAUUACUCGAAUCGCUGGCUCUGCAGAGGUCGUUUGUCUCUAGUGCGGAUCUCGAUGUUUUGGUUGCGAUGGCGUCAUCUUUAACCACCCUUGAUCUUACAUCAUGUAUAAAUAUCACUGAUGGAUCAUUGCUUUGUAAACUGCACAAUCUACGAUAUUUGUACCUGGGAAAUAACCGUGAACUCACUGACGAUGCAGUGAUGGGCGUAUGCGCAGGCUGUCCGCGACUACGACGUCUUUCCUUGGAUAAUUGUGCUAUGCUUACCACGAACUCUCUUGUUGGUCUUGGCAUGCUUUUCGACUUGGAAUGGUUGUGCCUUGCCGGUGUAGGAGGCGUUGACGAUCAGGUGCUGGAACAACUGAAGAACUGCAAAGAACUCAAAAUGCUUGACAUCAAAUUUUGUAGGAACGUUACGGAAAUUGGUUUGAUGACAGUUCUGAAUUUACCGGUUCUCUCGCAACUCGACGUACAAGGUGUUCGAGCGUAUUCGACAAAAAUUCUGAAAUAUGCGAAACGAAUACCAAAGACAAUACUCACUGAACAUUGCGACACAAUGCCCAUUCACCUACCACCGCUACCCAGUGCGGUUGUUAAUUAA